AUCUUGAGCUUGCAUCACUCAUCCAAUUCUGUUCCUUAAUCCUCUCUCUCUCUCUCUCACUCAAUUUCGCUCUUUCUCUCUCUAAGUUAUCAGCUAACACAAAGCAAGGAAGCAGCCGUCAUUAAAGCGCAGUAGGGAAGUUAUCAGCACAAAGAAUGGAAGCAGGAGCUGCUGCUGCCGUUGAAGUUCUAGUUCAAAACCUCAUCGACCUUUCCAAGAAAGAGAUCUCUCAAAUCCGAGGUCUCGACAAAGAUGCAGCAAAGCUAGCUGGGAGUCUCGACGUGGUCAAAAAUUUCUUGAAGGAUGCCGAGACGCGUGAGAUCACCAGCGAUGCUGUCAAGAGCUGGUUGAAGAAGCUUGAAAACGAGGCGUUCGAUGCUGACAAUGUUUUGGAUGAACUCAACUAUCAUAUUCUCUCCAAAAAAAUUAAGGCCUCCAAACCCAUGAAGGCGAAGGUACUAUCACGCUUCUCAUCACCCUUCAAUUCCAUUGCGCGUCCAAGAAAAAUGGCUGUUAGAAUCCAAGAAAUCAAUGAGAAUUUGGAGUCCAUUAAGAAAGAGGCCACCGAUCUUGGCCUCGUAGCAAGGCUUGCCAUUGAGCCCACUUUGGUUGACGCUGCUACUUUUGAAACUGAUUCAUUCACUCUUGAUCCUAUUUUCAUUGGAAGAGAUGAUAUUGCAUCAGAAAUAGUUGGGAUGCUUACCAAUAGCAUCACAACUGAUGAUGGAUCAGUUUCAAUCCUUGCCAUUGUCGGGAUGGGAGGAUUGGGAAAGACAACAUUGACUAGGAAAGUCUUCAAUCGUCUGAAGGAUGAGACUCGGUUUGGAUUACAUAUUUGGGUGCAUGUUUCUCCAAAUUUUGAUCCAAUCAUUCUUUUGAAGAAAAUUCUCAAAGAGGUUUCCCAACAAAACAAACAGUUGCCUUCUAAUCAAGUUGAAAUUGAGAGUAAGCAAGACAUUCUUUCAGAGCUUCAAAAGGCUUUGAAAGAUAAGACUUAUCUUCUUAUUCUUGAUGAUCUAUGGAAUCAAGAUGUUUCAAAAUGGGAAGGUUUUAUGAAUUCCUUGUUGGGAGUUAGUGAUUGUGUCAAGGGAAAUGCCAUUGUUGUUAGUACCAGAAAUAUGGAGGUGGCUUCAAUUGUGAAUACACUUCAUAUACAUGAGUUGAAAGGCUUAUCGGAGCAAGAGUGUUGGUCAAUAAUAAGAGCAAAAGCCUUCGGAAAAAAAGAUGUUCCAUCAGAAUUUGAGGCCAUUGGGAUAAAGAUUGCAAGAAGGUGUCAAGGUUUGCCAUUAGCUGCCAACAUAGUUGGAGGACUGCUACACAAUAAAUCUGAGGAAAAAUGGCGUUCAAUCGAGGAGAAAUGGCUUUCACCAAAUGAAGGUGGAGAUAAUAUCACAAAAAUAUUAAGAUUGAGCUUUGAUAAUUUGUCUCCGCCAUUACUCAAGAAGUGCUUUGCUUAUUGUGCGAUGUUUCCUAAAGGCUCCAAAAUCAUGAAAAGGGAACUGAUUGAGAUGUGGAUGGCAGAAGGUUUUCUUCAAGCUGAUGAAAGGGAUGAGAUGGAGUCCGUGGGCAAAAAAUUUAUCAACGUUCUUCUGCACAACUCUUUACUGCAAGUUUCAGAAAGAGAUUAUUACGGAAAUGUAGAAAGUUGUGGCAUGCACGAUCUUGUGCACGAUCUGGCUUGUUCUGUUUCAAGUUCCUCUAAUAGUACAGGUGGUAGCAGCCGAGUUCUAUACAUGAUUCUCGGAGACGAAUCAAAUCGUAUCCCAAAAGAAAUGGCAAAGUCUUUGCGUACAUUACUAAUAACAUCCAAAGGUGAUAUUUCUGAUGUCAACUUCUCAGACUUGGUAACAUGCAAAGGUGAUAUUUCUGAUAUCAACUUCUCAGACUUGGAAAGUUUGCAUGUUUUACAUCUUCACUCUAAAGUUAAAAAGCUGCCAAGUUCGAUUAAAAAGUUGAUACAUUUGAGAGAUUUUGACAUUUCAAAGACAAGUAUUGAAGUUUUGCCGGAUUGGAUUGGUGAAUUCUUUCACUUGCAGACGUUGAGAGCAAACAAAUAUUAUUUGAGAAAACUGCCAAGUUCGAUUAAGUACUUGAUUAACUUAAGGCAUCUUUAUAUUAGUAAGGAUGUAGAGUUGCCUAUGGGAAUUGGGAGAUUAACUUGUCUCCAAACGCUAACCCACUUUUCAGUGGGCGACAAGAAUGGCUGCAAAAUUGAAGAGCUCGGAAGUUUGAUUAAUCUUAAAGGAGAGUUACAGAUUCGCAAUCUCGAAAGGAUUCGUGAGAAGGAAGAGGCUGGGAAAGCGAAUUUAUUCGAAAAGUCAAAAAUAUUGAACUUGGGUUUGAAAUGGAAUAUAAACAGAGAAGGUGGAACAAAUGAUGAGGAUGUAUUGGAAGGCCUUCAACCUCACUCAGAUCUGAGGGUGUUAAAGAUUGAUGGAUUCAAAGGCAGUAGGUUUCCAUUAUGGAGUCAGAAGAUGUCAGUUCGAGAUGCGCCUCAAGGCUCUUGGGUGCUACUUAACAAGUUGAUGUCGUUAACACUCUGGAACUGCGAUGAAUGUGAAGAGAUCCCAAGUUUGGGGCAGUUGCCCAAUCUCAAGUCCCUUGGGUUGGAAGGAUUGAGCAAUGUGAAGUGUAUAAAUUCAUCAUUCUACGGAAUGGUGAACAAGGACACACGCAUUGUUUUUCCAGCUCUCGAGAGGUUGGAAUUGUAUCGCAUGCCUAAGCUGGCAGAGUGGGCAGAAAUAGAAAUUUCGGAUGGAAGUGAAGUGAAGCUAUUUCCUCGCCUCCAACAUUUGAGAAUUAUUGGUUGCGAGAAAUUGAUGAGUGUUCCAAGUCAUGUCUCGUCAUGCCUUCAACAUUUGUCAAUUUAUAAGAUCGAUGUGGAAUGUCUGCCAGCUGAUUGGUUAUUGAGUAACAGCGAGACUCUCUCUUAUUUGGAAAUAAGUUACUGCCGGAAAUUGAGAGAAAUAUCAAAUAGGUGCGGAGAAGAAGAAUCAGAAGGAAGAAGCUUCACAAUCACAUCCCUCCCUAUAUUCCCUCGUCUAAAAGAUUUGACACUCGACCGCGUUCCUAAGUUAAGUUUGGAGACUGUGGAUGGCAUAUUGCAAGGAUGCUGCCACUCACUGAAUGAUUUAUCUUUGAUGGGGAUGGAAAGUUGGGAAUGGCUGCCGGAAUCAAUUCAACAUCUCACCGCUCUUUCUAAGUUAAAGUUAGAUAAUUUUGGAAUGGAAGAGUUACCUGAAUGGUUUGCAAACCUCUCAUCUCUAGAGCACUUAUCUUUAUGUUACUGCAAAAGGCUAAGGCGUCUACCAUCUAUGGAUGCAAUGCGGCGCCUCACAACAUUGAGAUUUCUAGAUAUUAAGGGUUGCCCAGAAUUAGUGAUUAAAAGUGAGGCAACUGAUUCUGAAUGGCCCAAGGUUUCCCAUAUCCCCUACAUCUACAUUGAUGGCUCCAAAAUACGGUGACGUGAGUAUGAUUCUAAAGCCAUGGCAGAGAUAGGGGAGCUUCUGAAGAGCAUGGAGGCGAGGCGGCCUCAACUAGAGGCGCUAACGAGCUUGCUCGUGGCGAAGAACGACGACAGUGUAGUUGUCGACUCUGAAGAGAAGGAUGAUGCAAAAAUUCAGACAACAAUGUCGAAGAUGAAGAUAGUGAAACAAAGGAUUCAGCAGCUGUGGAAGUUGAACUCAAUCCCAAAAACAAGGGAAAAGGAAUGUAUGAGAAGAAAAAC